AUGAGGUGCCCGAUCUGGGUGCGAGCUGCCUCGGCGGCCUUGGCCUUCGGCUUUGCCGUCACCGGGGAGCCCAUCGUAGAGCUUCCGAGCAGCCGAGUUACGUACCGCGGCACCGUGCACGACUCUGUAGAGCACUUCCAAAACAUCAGGUUCGCGCACGACACGUCGGGCGAGCGGCGCUUUGCCCCUCCAGAGCCGUAUGCGCCCCCCGAAGGCAGCGAGGUCGACGCCACGGCGCCGGGCCUCGCAUGCCCGCAGUCCAAGGCUGGCCUCCCGCCGCUCCUCGACGCGGUCGCCGAGUUCGGCGAGGACUGCCUGAAUCUCCGCAUCGCGCGGCCUGUGGGGACCGCCGCGCAAGAUAAGCUGCCGGUCGUCGUCUGGCUCCACGGCGGCGGCGUGGUCAGAGGCUCGGCGUACGACUCCCACUUCGACCCCGAGAACUUGGUCAGGCUGUCGGCGUCGCUCGGGAAACCCGUCAUCUACGUCGCGUUGCAGUACCGCCUCACUAUCUUCGGGUUCGCGCGGCUCCCGCGGCUGCUGGACCAGAAGUCGCUGAACGUAGGGAUGCGCGACCAGCGGGCCGGCUUCGAAUGGGUCCGCGACAACAUCGCCGCGUUCGGCGGCGACCCGGAGCGGAUCACGGCCUUCGGCUUAAGCGCGGGGGGUUCCUUUACCUCGGUCCAGAUGAUGGCCUACGGCGGCGAGCGCGGCGUCCCGUUCACCCAGGCUUGGGUCAUGUCGGGCCCGCCCGGCACGGGUUUGAACGCCAGCAGCGACAUCACCGAGACUCAUACGCGCGCUGUUGCGAGGGACCUGGGAUGCGCGGGCGAUGAAGACGAAGAACUUUUGACGUGUCUUAGAGAGGUGCCCGUGGAGAAGCUGACCGAGACGGCGAUGGCGUAUUCGGCGAAGAACCAUCCCCCGUUCGGCCUUUUCACGUUUCUUCCCUCGGUGGACGGGGAUUUCUUACCGGACCGGCCGUCUCUCCUGUUAAAAUCCGGGAGGUUUGUCAAAGGGAUUCCCGUGGUCUUGGGCUGGACACAAGAUGACGGCGCGACCAACGUAGGUCCCGCCAAGAUGUUCCAAAGCGAGGGAGAUAUGAGAAGAACUAUCAGUAAAUACGCGCACGCCCUCACCGACGAAGACUACAAAGAGCUCUUCGACCACUACCCCCCCGCCGAUUUCGAAGAGGACGUCCGGAACUAUAGGUCUCUGAAGGACGAGUCCGAUCCCGCUGUCCCCGUCCAGUAUUUCCGCGUCUCUCGCAUCGUGCGCGACAUCCUGUUCACCUGUUCGUCGAUCGAAUUCGGCUACGAGACGUCCAGACAGUCCAGGGCGUCCGACCCUACCUUUCCCGGCGUCCGGCUCUACGACCUGAACCAGAGCAUGUUCACGCCUAUGUUCAAAGACGCCGGCAGGCCGUACAUCCGGGUCUCGCACGGCAGCGACACGAACUACAUCUUCAAUGGGGUCUUCCCCGAGGGCCAGAUCACGGACGCGGACCAGCGGCUGUCGAAGUCGCUGGCAGGAUCGUUUAUCCACUUCGCGUACACCGGGGACCCGACCGUGGCGGAGAGUGAGGGCUUCGGGUCGUGGCCCGAGUCGUUCCCGGAGCCGCGCCUUGAAGAGUAUCCUGGCGCCGGCCCGACCCGGAUGAAUAUUCAAGUCAUCGGCGGGCCGCUGGGGACGGGCUCUUGCUCACUGAGCGGGGAGCAGGGUGGCGGCGCUAUACAUCUCGCUGCAGAAGAGGGCCGCAUGCAAAUGCCAGUACUGGGCGGCGUGGAAUUCGGCCAGAUGGAGUCUGCGGACUCUCACGAGAGGCGGCGGGAACUGGAGCGGGAGAGGCUGCUCGAGCGCUGCGCGUACAUCGCCACCCUUUCUGAGAAGCUGGGCGUUUAG